AAAAACUAGAAUAAUCAAGUAAACACGUGUGGUUGAUGGUGGUUGCUAAUUUAUAUUUUUAUUUUUAAUAUAUGUUUUGAUAAAAUAAUUAUAAUUGUAAUUAUAAUUUAAAAUGCCGCCUACAGCGAAGAAAAGUGUGAAGAGAAAAUUAAAAGCUAUUGUGGAAAAUGUUGAUGUACGGAGUGAAGAAUCUGAAGAGGAUUCUGAAGCUGAAGAUUUAUUAAAUGCUGAAUUUAAUGAUACGGUUGAUAGUUCUGAUGAAGAAGUUGAAGAAUCGGAGCCUGAGGAUUCUGAUGGUGAGGUAGAUCAACUUGUUUUUGAUUCUGACGAGAGCGAUGCGCUUGAAUUUGAAAGUGAUGAGGAUGAUGAAGAAGAAGAUGAUGAUGAUGAAGAAGAUGAUGAUGAGGAAGAAGAAGAAGAAGAAGAAAAAAAUAAUAAAAAUAAACAAGAAAAAAUAUUAAAAAAUAAAUCAGAAAAAGUAACUAAAAAUAAAUUAGAAGCUGAAGAAAUAAAAUCACCCGACAUAAAUAACAAACCAUCAGAACCUGAAUUGAAAGACGAGUAUGAAGAAUACGACAGCUCUGACGAAGAAGACAUCAGAAAUACAGUCGGAAACAUACCAAUGCAGUGGUACAAGGAGCACGACCACAUUGGCUACGACACAGAAGGAAAGAAACUGAUAAAACCUGAUACAGGAGAUGAACUGGACAAUUUCUUGAAGAGAGCCGACGACCCAGACUUCUGGAAGACUGUAAAAGACCCACAGACUGGCCAGGAGGUUGUCUUAACCGACGAAGACGUCGAGAUUAUCAGAAAGAUAGCUAAAGGUCAAUACCCCGACCCAAAUUACAACGACUGGACUCCGUGGGUCGACUGGUUUACUUCCAAAGUGGAGAAAAUGCCACUGAGAGGCUUCCCCGAGCACAAGCGGUCGUUCUUGCCGUCCAAGCUCGAAGCCAAGAAAGUUUCCAAGAUAGUCCACGCAUUGAAGAUGGGCUGGAUGAAGUCUUCGGCUGAGCUGGAGAAAGAACGCAAAGAGAAGAGUAAAAUGCCGGCGUUUUACAUGCUCUGGGAGACUGAUGACCAGGCUGAAGAAAUGCGGAGGAUCCACAAGCACAUCCAGGCUCCUAAAAGACACCUUCCAGGCCAUGCUGAGAGCUACAAUCCUCCACCUGAGUACUUGUUCGAUAAAAAGGAGCUCAAGGAGUGGAAUAAAUUCAAAGACACUCCCUGGAAGAGGAAGCUUCACUUCAUUCCUCAGAAAUAUAAUUCUCUUAGGACAGUUCCAGCGUACCCUGAUUUUAUCAAAGAAAGAUUCCAACGUUGUCUGGACCUUUACAUGUGUCCGAGAGGCUACAAGAUGAAGCUGAACAUCGACCCAGAGCAACUGGUUCCUCAGUUACCGAGCCCGCAAGACCUCCAGCCAUUCCCCACGACCCUGUCGAUGGUCUUCAAAGGUCACACUGACAUAGUAAGGUCAAUGACCGCGCAAAACAGAGGUCAGUACAUCGCCUCUGGUGGUGAUGACGGGAAUCUCAAGAUCUGGGAAGUCGCCACCGGACGCUGUGUUAAAACUGUUCCUUGUGGUGCAACCAUUCGCAGCGUGGCUUGGUGUCCCAAUGAAGCGAUCUCGCUAAUUGCCGUGGCUGCUGGUCAGAAGGUCUUGCUGAUAAAUCCUGGAGUCGGAGAUCAUUUAGUUACCAGCAAGACUGACAAGCUUAUGGAAAUUAUUCCUCAGAGCGACGUUGUUGUUAAUGAAAGGGUCCAGUCUGCUGUACAGUGGGAACAAGCUGCUGGUGAUAACUGGGACCAGGGAGUCAGGGUGAUUUUGAAUCACUUUAAAAUUGUUAAGCAGAUUGUUUGGCAUGCUAAGGGUGAUUAUUUCGCUACUGUGAUGCCUGAUGGUCAAAAUAGAUCGGUUCUGAUCCAUCAAAUGUCCAAAAGAAGAUCGCAAAUUCCUUUCAAGAGGUCCAAGGGACUUAUUCAAUGUGUCUUGUUCCAUCCUAUCAGACCUUUCUUGUUUGUUGCUACGCAAAGAAACAUUAGGAUUUAUGACUUGGUUAAACAAGAAAUCUUCAAAAAAUUAUUCUCAAACUCCCAAUGGAUCUCUAGCAUGUCCAUACAUCCAGGCGGUGAUAACAUUAUCGUGGGAACUUACGACCGUAAAGUCCUCUGGUUCGACUUGGACUUCAGCACGAAGCCCUACCAAACAUUGCGACUCCACGGAACAGGAGUCCGAAGUGUCUCUUUCCACAAACGGUACCCACUAUUCGCAUCUGGAUCUGACGACUGCAAGCUAGUUGUCUGCCACGGAAUGGUUUACAACGACCUUUUGCAAAACCCUUUGAUAGUACCCUUGAAAAAUCUAUCAAACCACGAGAAACACGAAGACUUUGGAAUAAUAGACGUAAUGUUCCAUCCAAUUCAACCUUGGGUCUUCUCUGCCGGUGCAGAUAGUACAAUAAAAAUGUAUUCAUAAUUUUUAGUUAUUAUUACUAUUAUUAUUUUUACUUAAUAACUGACCUAAUAAUUGCACAUACAAUUGAAAUAAAUAGUCUGUAAUGAAC